UGUCUAUAUAAGCAGGGCAGGGACAUUCUCAUCCCUGAGACUCCCAAAUUAACAACUGUAUUUUGCUCGUGAUUAGGCACCGUCAUGUCUCCGACCGACUUUUCCGAUCAAGUGAUGAUUGGACUACCGCCCGUAACGGCGGACUUGAGCCCGAGCUCUGGUGAAUUCCCGGAAGCCGACGUCGAGAUCGUUACCUCCGGUGGGCUGCGCAUCCCGGCGCACCGCAGCAUCCUGGCUUCGGCUUCGCCGGUACUCGAAAACAUAAUAGAUCGGCCGUGCAAGCACCGGAGCUCGGACAGAACAAUUCCGGUCCUCGGCGUACCUUGCGGGGCCGUUUCCGUGUUCAUACGCUUCCUCUACGCCCCAAAGUGCACAGAGGAAGAGAUGGGCAAGUAUGGAAUCCAUCUCCUGGCCCUUUCCCACGUGUUCUUGGUGCCUCAGUUGAAGCAGAGAUCCACGAAAGCAGUGGGCGAGCGUCUGACGAUCGACAACGUGAUCGACGUGAUUCAGCUAGCGAGACUCUGCGACGCGCCCGAUCUUCACCUCAAGUGCAUGAAGCUCGUUUCGACUAACUUCAAAUCCGUUAAGAAGACGGAGGGUUGGAAGUUCGUUCAAGAUCAUGACCCCUUUCUCGAACUUCAGAUUCUACAUUUCAUCGAUGAAACCGAAUUGAGGAAGAGGAGGACGAGGAGGCACAGGGAGGAACAGAGCUUGUAUCUACAGCUAAACGAGGCAAUGGAGUGUUUGGAGCACAUAUGCACAGAAGGGUGCACGACGGUGGGGCCGUACGACAUGGAGCCCACCAAGAACAGGGGCCCCUGUGGGAAGUCUGCCACGUGUCAGGGUUUGCAGCUCUUGAUUCGUCACUUUGCUACGUGUAAGAGGAGGAUCAACGGAGGGUGUUGUAGGUGUAAGCGCAUGUGGCAACUCCUCAGACUUCAUUCGUCCAUCUGUGACCAACCGGAUGUUUGCAGGGUCCCACUUUGCAGGCAAUUCAAAAUGAAAGCUCAACAGGGGAUGAAAAAGGGUACUGAAGAUGCAAUCAGGUGGAGGCUGCUAGUGAGGAAGGUGGUAUCGGCUAAAGCAAUAUCUUCAUUGUCACUGCCAAAGAGGAAGAGAGAGGAGGAAGCAAGAGAGAGAUUAGAUCACCAUGGAGUAAUUAGAAGCUUCAGACUAUAAAAAAUAAAAUAAAAUAAAAUAAACAACUACGGAUACAGAUAGAGAUCUACUUAUACUCCUUUCGUCCCAAGUUGCUUGCUCUUUUGGAGAAUCAUGCAUUUUGUACCUUAAAAAUAACGUAAGCACAUGGUUCCUUAAAAAGGCCGAGUAAUUUGGGACGGAGGGAGCAGUGUAUAUAUCCCUUUUAUAUAUUUACAUGUAUUAGGUGUUGUGUCCACUAUAAAUCAAUGCGGUGUGUGGCCUUUUUAUUGCCUGGCUUUGCAUCCAUUUAAUUAAUUUAAGGGGGUUCUUAGUAUAGGCUAGAAGAAAACCCUGAGAGUAGGGCUUGGUCGAUUCCUAUACUAAAAGGAGUCCUAAGUUAGUGUUUGGUUGUUCUUUGACUUUCUCACAUAAUGUAUCCUGGUUUUGUGUC